AUGAUAAAGUUGCUCAUAGUUAUAGUGAUACUCAAUAUAACAUUAUCAACUCCAAUUAUUAGAUAAUAAAUAUUAUUAAAUAAGAAGGCAAAAAAAUAACCUACUCUUGAUUGGAAAAGUGUUUCAGAAUACUCAAAUAAUCCUACCUAUAAUUAAGUUGUUGAAGUUGCCAAAAAGAACUGUUCCUAAUAGUGCAAAUUAAGCAAAAAUGUCAAACUUAAAAAAGUUUUAAAAGUUGCCAAGUAAUUAGUUUAAGGAAUGUUAUGGAAUGUAUUAUUAAUUAUAAAAUUAAUAGUUAUAAGUUGAGUUUUCUGAUAAAUCAACCAAGGUUUUGUAAGUCUAUGAAGAUUUAGAUGGUUCAUUUGAAUUUGAUUCAUGUAAGGAUAACAAUUGA